AUGAGAUCAACGGUCAGUUACAUGUUGUCACAUGGACCGGGGGAGCCAAUAAUGUCUCAUCCGGAUUACGAGCAGCAUGCACACCACCACGGCUGUUUGUUGGUUCUGUUGCGCGGUAUCGGCCCUGCUAAGCCAAGGUACUUGCAACGGAUCUUCGAGAAAGUGCAGAAAGUGAAUAAUGUCAAGAUCACAGAUUCCGCCGGCCAGCACCGUGACAUUUGGGUGCGGUUCGUCUACGACCAUCCAGUGGAAAACAACGACUGGGGCGACUUUCAAACACACAGGCGUCUUCUUGGACUGGUAACAAUAGGAAAAUUUGAAACUCAAACGGAACUGAAUGAGCUGUGUCGCCUGCACGAAUCCUUGAAAGUUAAAUAUACAAACACGUUGUACGAUUCGCGGUGCAUCCUCUUUGGCCCGCUUUUGACAUCGCCGUCAAAUGCAUCGUCUGCAGUCGACACAAACAGUAUUAACAGCGAACAGGACAGGUGGUCGACGCAGCCUAGGGAAACACAAAACCAUUCUCCGAAGAAACUAGAGGAGGUUUUCACAACCCCAUCAAACUUCAAAAGUCGUGCAUUUUUCUAUCAAGAAAAUGAUCCGUGCAGUAAUCUAGAAGAACAUAUUUCCGAAUUUAUAAGUUCGUUGUUUUGGAUCUUAGAAUCGAAGCGUUUGGACAGGUCGCGAGAGAAAAUCGACAAGGUCCCGCUCUUGCUGGCGCCUUUCGAGAAGAAGGAUUUCGUAGGUUUAGAUUUAGAGUCGAGAAAUAAUCGGAAACGUUGCAUAGGAAGAGUGACGAAAAACCUCGGAGACCUCACCUUGCAAGCUGGGCUGGUGGCGGAGUCGUUGAAUCUCUUUCACGCUGCCAGCGAAACUUUACGUGCCAUAAGUGAUGCCCUUUGGUUAGGUGCAGCAGACGAGGGCCUCUGUGCAGCGUCGGCUAUUCUCUUGUAUCCAGGAGUUCGUCAAACAGAAUCUUUCUACCGUAAUGCUAGUCUGCAGGAAGGUGUGUCGCCCAACAAGUUGGCUGCCGAGCGUAGGCGAUCGAGUGGGGUGGAAGCUAGAAAACAACACUUUUCCACGAUAGUGGAACAACAGAAUUCAAUAGAAAAUUCAAUAUCGUCGAACUCAUCAUCCUCAUCGUCUGUUUCAUCGAUUCUGACCUCAUCGUCAUCCUCGACAUUAUCGGGAAAUCAAAAUACAUUUCGAAACGAUGCUCUUCCUUCGAAUAUUUUGUCCCCCGAUGAAAUCGUAAACCAUUACCGUAAAGCAAUCAUCAACUAUAGUAAGUAUCGCCAUGCUGGCGUUGUAGAGACUGAAGCGGCUUUGAAGGCGGCACGUAUUUGUAUUGAACAGAAUAAGAACUUAGAUGUCUCGAUGUUUCUGCAAAAUGUUUUGUACAUCAAUUUGACUAUAAGCGAACAGGAGAGGGCGAAGCGAUUCGAAGUAUUAACAGAUUUGUAUCAAAAGAUAGGAUAUCGAAGGAAGGCUGCAUUUUGCCAAAGACUAGCGGCAUGGCGACAUGUCGCACAAGGGAACCAGCAGCCGGAUUGGAUUCAGACUUAUCGUCUUAUGUUGGAGAGCUUUCCAGGACAUAUGCUUUCUCUAGAUCCGCUUGAGGUCUUGGAGAACAAUGCGGGCUGGUCAAUGCUGCAAAUUGACUUGCUGCAACAGCUGGUGAUAGCGGCAAAACGUCUAGGCCAUUCCGCCCUGGCAACGCGACAUAUGACUUACUUGCUCCAGACACAGUGGAAUAAUAUGGGUCCGGCCGAACAAAAAGAUAUGGCUUUACAGCUUCAGAAUUUGAGUGCUCAAUGCGAGGGUUCACCUGUGCCUUUAGUACUGGAAAAUGGCACCGUGAUACCGCCAGCCAAUUUAACAGAUAUUCCGUACUGCAUCCAUUUCCAAGUCAAAGACUUGCCAUCGCAUUUGAGACCGCAUAAGAUAAGCGUGAAUAAAGUUGAUAACGGACCAUUUCUCUUCACUCCAAUCCAUUUUAGUUCGAUCGAUCGAAGGGUCAAUAAGAAAACAGAGAGCAAGAUUGCUUUCCAUUGGAUCCAAAACGACCUCUCCGAGGUAGUACUCAAGCUGAAAAACACUCUCCCGUUUGAGCUCACCGUCAGCGAUAUGCGACUUCUAACAAACGGGAUUGUUUUUGAAGCGCUGCCACAGACGGUAGUUCUGCAACCAGCUGUCCCCACAACAAUUACUCUGCACGGGACACCCAUUGAGUCAGGUCAGCUCGAAAUCCAAGGGUACAGCACACAUACAUUAGGUGUUAAAUCAAAUUGUCGACUGAAACAUAUGAAAGAUCGACCACUCCCGCCCAACUACUGCAUCGAUGUAAUUCCUUCGUUGCCGAAGAUAAGCGCAAAGACGUCCCUCCCCCAAACUGCAACAUUUAGCAAUUUAUCGAAUUCCGACAGUGUCAUCACUUCGGCAAGUCUGACAAUGUUCAACGGGGAGACAACAGAGUGCCUAAUAACAUUGAAAAAUGAAAGCACCAUGAUAGCCAUUGAAUAUUUGGAUGCAUCGAUUCAUUCAAGUAUCGAGACCGAGCUGCAAGGGAAAAUCUUUCAAUUCAAUCUCGAUGAAAUACAAUCUCAGCUGCCGAUUAAGCCCCAGGAAUCAAUCGACUUUACUCUUCGAAUAUUUGGAGAAGCUGAUUUCCUUUCGGUACACAGUCAACUUGCAGGUCUCGGAUCAUCUUCAUCUCAUUCGGCAGGCGGUGUACUGGGUGCUCCUAAUGAAGGACCGCAAAGUUUAAACUAUUCCAUGCUUUCGUCGGGCCAUGCUAGUUUGCCAAGUCGAGUGAGCUCUCCAACGCAUAUGGUGCCACCGCGACGAACAGAACUCACUUCUAGUUUUAGAUCAUCGCAUUCCGGCGGGCAUUCGUCACUGGCGACUUUGAGUUUUCCGCCACCGUCGUCUGGAAAUAAUAUUCAGAAUUUAGAAGCUCAGUUACGUUUGAGGUAUUCAGGUGGAGAUGGAUUGCAAGAAGGCUACUGUCGACAGUGUGCAGUAUCGUUUUCGCUGGAGAUGUUGCCAAGUGCGCAGAUAACAAAUUGGGAUGUAUUGCCGGCUGAAACGCCAUCACAAUUCUACCUAGUUCUCGAUGUCUCAAAUCUAACAACCCAAGAAAUGUCCCUCAAUUACACGGACACGAAAAAUAUUCUAAUUGAAGCGAAAGAAAGCUGCCGAGUUCCAAUUCCUGUGGAUCGUUGCUCGAUGGAAAAACUAUGCAACAAUGAGAACAAUGGGAAAGAUAAAGACAAUGAAGACUCGGCUCAGACUCCGUCACCUUUCAUAGAAAUUAGUGAAAAACUUUGCUCGGAACACAUUGCAGAGCGGGUGAAAUUGAAUUGGACUCUUACCGGGACGGAAACGAAAGGCAUUGCAUCGUUGAAAGGAAUCACUCUGUCGCCAGCUAUGAUAGAUUUAAUAACCGUUGCUCCAUUGCAGUGGGCGGUUACAUUUGACAAUAAACUAGUCCAGCCACAAUCUGAAAUUGUUUACACGUCCGGUCAAUGUGUAGCUCUUAACGUUACUGUGUGCAAUUUAUCACAAGCGCCGCUUCGUCAAUUAGCUUUAACUGUACAAUUCUACCAGGACUAUCAGAAUAGCGUACAUAAUUAUCAUUUGGACACACGUGUCGCAAUGUCUGGACCGAAUCAAACCCUCAUUCCUCUGUUACAACAAAACGAGAAAGCCGAACACAACUGCUCCAUCAUAUUUUUCACCCCGGGACGCUUUAAGGCGAACAUUCAAUGUCGAUCGCUAGCUUCCUCGGCGGACAACGUGCUUACGCCAGCAAGUCAUCAAGUGGUUACAUCAAAUCAGGCGAGUUUCUACGAAGCGCAGCAUGUGUGGCGAUUUAUCCCACCUGUUGAGGUGACAGUGGUUGAAUGAAUCCGGACAGAAUGAAAGAGGGUAGUAGACAACCGCAACAACCCUAAAACAUGGCCCCAAUAUUCGCAUUCGGAUGGUAAAAGACAUAUGCCAGGUGUAACCCGAGCGUACAAUGAAAACACACUCAUUUAGCUACUCUAGUGCUACUGUAAAUAUGAUUUUUAAAUGUUAUAGUUUUUUUUUAUCAUUUAGCGUUAAUAACGUGGAGAAAUGCUUUAGAGAACGUAAUGUACGUAUAUUGUAAAAAGAUGAAUGAUGUAAUUAGUAUUAAUCGUAAAAAUGCUCUUCAUUGUGUAUAAUGAGGAUGAGAGCCCCUGACACAGGAUGGGGAUGGAGGGUGAACAGUUAGGGAAGGAAGUGUUAAGGCAAUAAAGAGGUAAUUAGUUGUAUUAUAGUUUCUAUUAUUUGGUUUUUUUGUUGUUGAUAGCGAUAAAUAAAUAUUAUUUUUUAUAACUUUCAAAUUAAAGAGGGAAAUGUAUUCA